CUAUAAAUAUGUUAUGGGGCGCACAGUAUUUUUGACGAUCUGUACAGAAAAUGGGAAUUAAUAUUCCAACCUCCACCCUCCGUUCAACCGAUAGAACCAUACCUCUUUUAGGUUAUGGAACUGCCGAGUAUCCCUUUGGUGCUUCCAUUGAAACCAUGAAAGAGUCCAUUCUCCAUGCAAUAGAACUUGGUUACCGGCACUUUGAUUCAGCUUCUCUUUACCAGUCUGAAGUACCUCUAGGUGAAGCAAUAUCAGAUGCUUUAACAUUAGGUUUAAUCAAGUCUCGAGAUGAGCUCUUUAUCACUUCCAAGCUUUGGUGUAGUGAUGGACAUAAAGAUCUUGUGCUCCCUGCGUUACAAAAGACACUCGAGAAUCUUCAGCUAGAAUAUCUAGAUCUGUAUUUAAUUCACUGGCCUGUGAGCUCAAAACCAGGAGAAUAUGUGUUUCCAGUGAAGGAGAAGGACCUUCUUCCAAUGGAUUUCCAGUCUGUGUGGGAAGCUAUGGAGGAGUGUCAAAAGCUUGGCCUGGCAAAAUCCAUUGGUGUGAGCAAUUUUUCAUGCAAGAAGCUUGAGAACCUGCUUGCCACGGCAAAGAUUCCUCCAGCAGUCAAUCAAGUGGAGAUAAGCCCUCUUUGGCAGCAAAAGAGGAUAAGAGAGUUUUGUGAGGAAAAAGGUAUACACGUUACCGCUUACUCUCCGCUGGGAGCGAAAGGAAUGUUAUGGGGCACAAACAACGUCAUGGAGUGCCAAGUGCUGAAAGAGAUUGCUGCUGCUAGAGGAAAAAGUAUAGCGCAGAUUUGUCUCAGAUGGGUACAUGAACAAGGUGUAAGCGUGCUUGUGAAGAGCUUCAACAAAGAGAGGAUCAAACAAAACCUGGACAUAUUUGACUGGAAAUUGAGCCAAGAAGAUUUGAAAAGGAUGAGUCAAAUCCCGCAACAAAGAGCAUGCGUGGCAGCUGCAUUCGUCUCCGAGAAAGGCCCUUACAAAUCGGUUGACGAGUUUUGGGAUGGAGAGAUUUAAAUAAUGUAUAUAUCAUCAUCAUCAUCAUCAACUAUCUUGGUGUAUCUCUUGUGCUUGUUUCGUUGGAUAAUCUCCUGUUGCAGUCGCACAUGCGCUGUUGGUUAUUUUUCUUGUUUUGGUUCUUCAAUAUUAUCUUAUCGAUCUUUCUAUUA